AUGCGAGUGAAAAGAAUCAUCGCCGAUGCCCACGAUGAGAAAUGCCCAGUACAGAAUGUUGCCAAAGUGCGAGAUUUGCCAUUGGCGCUUCUUUCCAUAGAUACGCCUCUGCCUGAAGGAAAGGGUGACUGCGGACUGACAACAUUGACGGGAGUUGAAGAGACGGUACUGGAAAGGGACUAUAUUAUCGCCGGAGGCGAUAGCAUGAGUUUUCUUGCAAAAGCUAAAACGCAAGAUUUGAUAGUCCUAGCUGAGGAGCUUGGGAUAACGGUUUCCGAGAACGUCAAGAUUUUUGAGUUAAAAGCAUUGAUCACCGGGAGUUCAGAUUACAACGAGCAAUAUACUAAAGAGGUUUUGAGUGGGAUUAAAGAGGAGCGGGAACGGAAGGAGGAACAGAAACAGGAACGGGAACGAGAGGAGCGGGAACGGAAACAGGAACGGGAACGAGAGGAGCGGGAACGGGAACGAGAGGAGCGGGAAUGGAAACAGGAACGAGAGGAGCGAGAACGGAAACAGGAACGGGAACGAGAGGAGCGGAAACGGGAGCAUGAGUUAAGAAUGAAAGAAUUAGAGGUGAGGGGUGCAAAUAAGGAGAAUGAUCUUCAGGAGAAGGACAAUAGUACAAACCAAGACAACACUUUUCAUAGACACUUAAACACUUUGACUAAGGCUUUAGGGGAACCUCCGACAAAGGCGGAGGAAUGGGGCUUUUACUUUAGAGACGUGGAGUAUUUGCUGAAUUUCUAUAAGGUGCCCGAGGAAUAUAGAGGGAGAAUAAUGGUGGUAGCUUUAACGGGCAAAGUAAGGGGGCUGAGCGCAAAUCUAGCGGAAGGGGAUUUGGAAAGUUUUGAAAAAAUUAAAGAAAUCACACUGAAAGAAUUUAGAAUAACUCCCCUUCAGCAUAAAAACAAUUUUGAUAACUGCUACAGAAGGAUUAACGAGUCUUAUACUCAAUUCGGGGUUAAAAUUAAGGACUCCUUAGAGAUCUAUAUGGAGUCGAGGGGGGUCACGACAUUAGAACAAUUGAAGGAAUUGGUAGUGGCAGAUAGGAUAAAGGAUAGUUUACCUCAGGAGCUGAAAUCCCACAUAUAUUUGAAGGAAUCAGAUGGAUGGUUGGGAGUGUCAGAUUUAGGGCAAGAGUUAGAUAAUGUAGUGGCGGCAAGACCCCAUAACCUUGACGUAGGAUUCCGAAAUAGGGGA